AGUACAUAUUUUAUGUGUGUUUGUGUGUGUGUGUGUGUGUGUGUGUGUGAUUUAGAAUUAAUGCCAUUAAAGAAAUGCCACAUAUAAAAACAUUGUAUUUUUUUACUCAACAGAGCAGGAAAUUGAAGAUUUCUUUAGAAGAUAUUUCCAAGCAGAUUCAGUUGAUUCAGAGCUCAUCAAGACAGCAUAGAAAAUGUGAAUCUCCACUGAAAGAUCAUGGCUUUUGGGCAGGGCUGUGCACAGUCCUAGGAGUACCCAAUACAUCAACAAAUAGGUACCGACUUAGAAGAGCACACUUCAGCCACUGUAAGGAUUUAGUUACAGGAGAAGCUGUGAAUAAUUUGAAAGAUGUGCAGGAGGUAAAAGAUGCGCAGAAGGUGGAAGACAUCCAGGAAGAGGAGGAUGUGCAGGAGAAGGAUACUGAUGUGCAGGAGGUGGAAGACAUCCAGGAGGAGGAUGUGCAGGAGUUGGAAGAUGUACAUGUGGUAAAAGAUGUGCCAGAGAAAGAAAAUGUGGAGAAAGUGGUACAUGUACAGAAGGGAAAAGGCGUGGAAAUUGAUAAUGUACAGGAGGUGGAAGACAUCCAGGUGGGGAAGGAUGUGCAGGAGGAGGAUGAUGUGCAGGAGGAGGAUGAUGUGCAGGAGGAGGAUUCCAGUGAUGACAGUAAGGAGGAAUUCUUUACCCAGCAUCUUCCAUUACCUCCAACAUUCUUUUUCAUUCCACAUUCAGCUUGGAGAAAUCUACGAAAAAAUCAAAGAAAGAAUCACUUUAAGGGAUUGCAAUGGACAAAUAUUUUUGCAAAAGGCAUUCGAUCUGUACACCCAUGUUGCAGUUUUGCAUUUUUAGGCCACAGAGUUAAAGUCAUUGGAUCAAAAAGGAACGCACCCCUUUUUAAAUGCUCGGGGUAUUGUACAUUCAGUGACUGCCCAGUUGAAGUAGACGUUGUUGUGUACAGUGAAGCUACACUUAAAGCACAUGUGUUCUUCAGAGGGGAAAUGGUAGUGCACAGCAAAACUGAGCUGAAAAGACGACCUGUCAGAGCAGAAGAACAAACCAGAAUAAGUCAGCAGCUUGUAAACAUGCUUCCAAGAGCUCUGUAUCUAGAAAACAUGCAUAAAUUAAAGACUUCUGUUCUUGAGUCUGGAUGCAGGGAUGAAGCUCCAACUCCUGGUGUUCUGAAGUCUAUCUCCUGGAGACAAAGAAACAAAAAGAGGAAACAUCAGAAUGAAGUUUUAAGUCUUCAGAAAAUGGUAGAGGAAAAAAUUGACUCACCUUUUCAUUUCAAACUGAUCAUGUCAGACUUCAUGGACACAGAAGCACAAAACCAGUGA